UAGGGUUAGAUGUUAUAGCAACAGUCUGUGAUCAAGGCAGCACAAACCAAACGGCUAUCAAUUUAUUAUUAAAGGAAACCAAAGAACAAUGCAUACGGGACAAUAUAGAAAAUAAACAUUUUGGAUUUUUAGUUGACGGACGGGAGAUUAUUCCAUUGUACGAUGUCCCACAUCUUUUUAAAGGACUUAGGAAUAAUUUAUUAAAUAAAAACUUACAUUUCACUAUGGAUGGACAAAAUAAAAUUGGAAAAUGGAGUCAUAUAGACCAAUUUUAUAAAUUAGAUUCAUCAGAACCAGCUCUAAGGAUCUGCAAUAAAUUAACAGAUGCCCAUAUAAUCCCAUCAAAAAUGAACAAAAUGAAGGUCAAAAAUUGUACGCAAGUGUUUAGUCAUGCUGUAGGGUCACUAAUGAAACGCAUUGCACAAUGGGAUAUUAAGGACAACUAUAAUCUGCCUAAGGAAGCAACGGAUACGGCUGACCUUAUUCUUUUUUUGGACAAACUAUUCGAUUCAUUGAAUAUUUCAAAAAAGUCUAAACCACAGGCUGAACCACUGAAAUGGGCAGUAACAAAAAAUUCCAUUCAUGAAGAAUUUUGGCAAAAUUCGCUAAAAAUUUUAGAUACCAUGAAAUUUUUUUCUUUGGAAAAGCAAAGGUUUGUUGCUAUUCCUACUUUGAAAAAUUUAAAAUUUACUGUUAAGGGAUUCAUAUAUCUGAGGCAAAUUCUGUUAAUAAAAAAAAAAUUCAAGUUUGUGUUAACAGGAGCAUUUAACCAAGACCCUCUUGAAAAUUUUUUUAGUUAUAUUAGGAGUCAUGGCCAUAGAUAUACAAAUCCGGAUGUAGCUCAUUUUUGUUCAUCCUUUAAAUCGUUAGUUGUAAAUAAUUUUAUGUCGAGUCAUUCUCCUGGUUCAAACUGUCAGAAAGAUAUGGCCACAGAGUGCUUGGAUAAUUUAAGAACCUUCUUAACUGGUGAAUAUAUAGCUGGUGUACGUCCCUUAGACACUGACAAAGAUCUGCCAGAAAUACCAAGAAAUAUUAUCAUUCAUAAAGAAACAAAAAUAGCUCGCUGUACUUUAGUUUACAUGGGUGGAGCUAUUAUUAAAAUUUUGCUUAAAACAAAAAUGUUAAAAGAAUGUAAAAAUUGCCAAAACAAGCUUUCUGUUAGACAUGGUAUGCCAAUGGAGGAUGAUUUUAUAGAAGCUAGAGAGUAUGAACGAGCACAUCUCAUGAAACCAGGACACUAUGUCAAUUUUCUAGUAACACAUUCUAUGAAAUCACUGUUCUAUUUAAUACCUCGGUUAGUUACUACAAAUAAAAUCGCAAACGUUUUAAAGCAUAUUCUUCAACAAAAUUUAAAUUUUAAUGUUCUGAAUAGUUGCCCUCAACAUAACUUAGGAUUGAAAUUAUGUGAGGUUAUGGUUAGAUGUGCUCUCUUUUG